AUGGAUGUAUGUGAGUCAGAGCAGGCAUUAAGGAAACACAUAACAAGAACAAGACAAACCUUGGUUCCUGCUGAAAAAAACAAUGCAAUCACCACCAGACGCUUGGCAACGAGGGAAAUUACUUCACGGUAUAGGUCACCUUCUCCUACUCGGGCUACCCCAUCCGGUCCUCGGCGAUGUCCCUCUCCAAGCCUCACAAGGCCAACAACACCUGCAUCAUCUAAAUUGUUACCCAAAAGAACUCAAUCAACAGAGAGGAAGAGGCCAGCGACUCCACCUUCCCCACCAAGUCCUUCUACACCUGUCCAGGACUCAUCAAUAGAUGUGCAUUUAUCGUCGAGAAGGGUGGCUGGUAGCAGAAUGCCAGAGGCCCUUUGGCCUUCCACAAUGCGAAGUUUGAGCGUUUCUUUUCAGUCAGACACUAUUUCCAUACCUGUUAUCAAGAAGGAGAAGCCAAUGACUAGUGCUUCUGAUCGUACUCUGCGGCCCAAUUCAAACGUGACUCACAAGCAGGUUCAAACGCCAAAUGUAAGAAAGCCUACGCCAGAGAGAAAGAGGAGUCCUCUCAAAGGGAAGAAUACCUCUGAUCAGACUGAGAAUUCGAAACCUGAUGAUGGUUUGCAUUCUCGAUUGAUAGAUCAGCAUCGGUGGCCAAGCAGAAUAAGUGGGAAGGUAUGUUCUAGUGCAUCAAACAGAGGUAUCGAUCAUACUGAUAGGACAACCAGAACGUUGAACUCCUCAGUUCCAGGAACUAGUGUGUCUUCGCUGAGAAGAUUGUCUUUACCGGGUGAAGCUAGUAAGCCCUUGCGAAAAGCUUCUAGUGAUGCUUUAAGACUAAUGUUGGUUGUUGAAAGUGGUAGAAUGGGAAGCGAGGUGAAACCAGUUGAUGAUAGUUUUCAAGUGUUAAGACCUCACAAAUUUGUUCCUGCAAUUACAUUGGAUAAAACGGGAUUAGCAGUUACUGGAGUCAGAUCUCAGUCCUUGUCAAAUCCAGGAUCACGGCUCCCAUCACCAUGUAAGACUUCAGUGUUAUCCUCUUGUAGUUCAAGAGGUAUUAGUCCAUCUCGUUCAAGGCCUACAACUCCUCCUAGAGGGGUUAGUCCUUCUAGAAUAAGGCCAAUUAAUUCACCCAACCAAUCCAACAGCGCAAUCUCAGUUCUCAGCUUCAUUGCUGAUUUUAAAAAGGGGAAAAAGGGUGCAGCCCUCGUAGAAGAUGCUCACCAAUUACGUCUUCUCUACAACAGGUACUUGCAAUGGAGAUUUGUUAAUGCGCAAGCAGAGGAUGUAUUUUACAUCCAAAAAUCAAAUGCAGAGAAAUCACUGUACAACGUAUGGCACACUGCUUUGUCUAUAUGGGAAGCAAUUAUUAGGAAGAGGAUCAGCCUCCAGCAGCUGCAGCUUGAACUGAAGCUGAAUUCUAUUUUGAAUGAUCAAAUGGCCUACCUUGAUGACUGGGCUGUACUUGAAAGUGGCCAUAUUGAUGCCUUAUCGGGGGCUGUAGAAGACUUAGAGGCAAGUACUCUUCGUCUUCCUCUAACUGGAGGGGCAAAGGCAGAUAUUGAACAUUUGAAGCUUGCUAUCUGUUCUGCUGUUGAUGCCAUGCAAGCAAUGGGUUCUGCUAUUUGCCCUUUGCUCUCGCAGGUGGAUGGCAUGAACAAUUUAAUUUCUGAAGUUGCUGUUGUAUCAGCACAAGAAAAAGCGAUGCUUGAUGAAUGUGAAGCGCUACUGAAUUUUGCAACAGCUAUGCAGGUUGAGGAAUAUAGCCUUCGGACGCAUUUCAUGCAGAUCAAGCAAGCUUUGGUGGUACGUAAGUAA